AACAAAUUGGUUGUGACUAAAUUGAUCCAGAGUAUUUUCAAUAUAAUUUAAUAAUAGUUCUCCUUUAUUUUGAGCUUUAGGGAGGGGAGAAGUAUCCAGCCAGCUGAUUUUGUCAGAAAGUAGUUCGUAUUAUUGUAAACAUGCGAUCACAACAAAAAAGGAACGUAGAAGAUACGUCCUCUUAAAGGGAAGUUGACUUCACCAUCUUGCCCAGUUCCUAAAAAUGGGACAAUAACUAGUGAACGCAAGAGUCUUUCUUAAAUUAAGAUACAUUUCACAAGGUCGACGCCUAAUAUCCUUGCGCGGAUGUCACCGGUGGUUCGUUAUCGUGUUUAUUGUACCACUUCAUUUAUGUCAAAUAAUUCUCGAACCUUUUAUAUGAUUCUUAAGGAUGAUUUAGUAUAGUUUUUAAAUUGAACCCAGAUAGUCACUACUAGUGCCACCACACCAGACCAAUCUCUUAGUGGGAGAACAGAGAACAUUGUUCUGCCCACACUUGUGAAACAUGUUUGUAUUCCAAGGCACUACAAUAUAGAUACAUUAUGACUAUUGCUACGAGAGGACAGGGUGCUCCACCUGACACAGAUGAAAGUGGGCAGUCCAGCAGUCCGGUGGGCAGCCAUGAUCAGCCAGUUCAGGAUGUGAACAUGGAAGAUUGUGGAAUUGAUGUUGAGGGAGAAGAUGGCAGUGGCGAACCUGACUUCCCUCAUGAUUUGCUUGCCACUCUGGAUGACAAAAUAACCAGUCCAAGAUGGGUUGUACCAGUUUUACCAGAGCAGGAAUUGGAAACACUCAUGCAAGCUGCCAUAGACUUAUCAAAGAAAGGAUUGGACACUCGUAGUGAAGCAUGUCAGCGUUUUUUUCGAGAAGGCCUCACCAUAUCAUUUACCAAGAUUUUAACUGAUGAUGCUGUGAACAGCUGGAAAUUUAAUAUUCAACAUUGUAUUCUACAAAACUGUGAACGCUUGGUAGAGCUUUGUGUUGUCAAGCUAGCAGAUGAUUGGUUUCCUUUGUUAGAGCUUCUCGCCAUGGUGUUCAACCCCAAUAGCAAAUUUCAUGUAUUUAAUGGUGCACAUCCUUCCGAAACUGUUCCCCCUGGAUCAAAUAUACCUGAUGAACAGAUAUUUGCUAGGAGUCCACCUGAUACAAGACAGCCAAGAGGGUGGCUGGUGGAUUUAAUCAACAAGUUUGGUCAUCUGGGUGGUUUCCAGAUUCUGCUAGAUAGAUUUCAAAAUGGUCAGAAACUGUCUGUGACCACAAUAUAUGCUCUUAUCAGGCCAUUUGGGCUAUGCCAUGAACAUCUUACUGCUCACACAAUUACAAAAUACCUCAUGCCAAUUGUGGAAAUGGUACCACAAAUUCUGGAUAAUUUGACUGAUGAUGAGCUGAAAAAGGAAGCCAAACAUGACACCAAGAAUGAUGCUAUAUCAGCAAUAAUAAAAGCAUGCAAGUGCUUAGUUUCUCGUAUACCAAAUCAAGAAGAGAUUAUAAAAAAUUUAGAAAUCUUCCGGUUGAAGAUAAUCCUUAGGCUACUUCAAAUUUCAACGUUCAACGGUAAAAUGAGUGCUUUGAAUGAAGUAAACAAGGUCAUUGCCAGUGUGACCUACUAUCCCCAUAGGCACUCUGGCCCUGAAGAGGAAGAAUGGCUGACCGCGGAACGCAUGGCUAGAUGGAUUAAAGACAAUCAUGUUCUUGAAAUUGUACUCAGAGACUCAAUGCAUCAAAUUCAGUAUGUUGAGAAGUUAGAGAAAAUCUUGCGGUUUGUCAUUAAAGAGCGAGCCUUGACUCUCACAGACCUCGAUAAUAUUUGGGCUGCUCAAAAUGGAAAACAUGAAGCUAUUGUCAAAAAUGUUCAUGAUCUGUUGGCAAAACUUGCAUGGGAUUUUCUGCCUGAACAACUGGAUCAUUUAUUUGAAUGUUUUCAGGCAAGCUGGAAAACAGCUGACAAGAAACAGCGAGAAAAGCUUUUGGAAUUAAUUCGGAGGUUAGCCGAAGAUGACAAGGAUGGUGUGAUGGCUCACAAAGUUUUGACUCUAUUCUGGAAUUUAGCUCAUGAUGAUGAUGUACCUAAUGAGAUAAUGGAUCAAGCACUGACAGCGCAUGUUAAGAUCCUAGACUACAGCUGCUCUCAGGAGCGAGAUGCCCAGAAAACUGUGUGGUUAGAUAAAUGUGUGGAGGAGCUAAAAACCAGUGACAAGUGGGUCUUACCUGCUCUGAAACAAAUCAAAGAGAUUUGCUGCCUGUAUGAACCAACUCCAACAAUGAACCACGGGCAAAGGAGUCAUCAUACCUCAUAUCGGCAAGAAAUAAUUGAACGCCUUCAACAAAACCACAUGCUAGUGAUAUUAGUAACGAAUAGUCUAACCUCCUACAUGGAUAAGGCAAGACAAGUAGCCAAAGCAAAUGUUUCUUUGGACCCCAAUAACUAUUUUCCGGACAAACGGUUCAAUCAUCUUGCGCAGGUUCAGGAUAGGCUAAACUUUUUGCGCUUCCUCUUAAAGCAGGAUGGACAACUUUGGCUUUGUGCGGACCAAGCAAAGCAAAUCUGGCAGGCGUUGGCCGAGGAUGCAGUUUUUCCUUCUGAUAGAGAAGCAUGCUUUAAAUGGUUUUCUAAGCUCAUGGGUGACGAACCUGAUCUGGACCCAGCCAUCAAUAAGGACUUCUUUGAAAACAAUAUAUUGCAACUUGAUCCCACAUUGCUGACUGAAAGUGGAAUGAGGUGUUUUGAAAGAUUUUUCAAAGCAGUUAACACCAAGGAAGGGAAGCUUACAGCAAAACGGAGAUCAUUUAUGAUGGAUGAUGUUGACCUCAUUGGCACUGAAUAUCUAUGGAGGGUGGUAACAAAUAGUGCUGAUGAAAUAGCUAAUCGUGGUAUAGAACUUCUCAAAGAUGUGAAUACAAAUUUAGGCCCACAGCUUCAAACUCAGCUAGUAAAAUUUCAUGAAAGUUAUGUGUCAGAGUGUUUAUGCCGGCUUCGUGCGCAUUAUGACACAAUUACAAUACUGAGUAGUUGUGGGGAUUCAGAUGAAGAUCCAGUAUUGGCCAGUAAAAGGUUACAAGCAGAGGCGGUUAAAUUAUGCCGAGUCAUGAAAGUAUUGCAAGAGUACAUAAGUGAAUGUGAUAAUGACUUUAAUGGAGAAAGGAAAAUUCUGCCUCUUCAGAGAUCAUGUCGGGGAAAGCACCUCAUCCUUAUUGUUAGGUUUUCAACACCUGGCAGACAGUCUGAAGAUGUUGAUGUCUAUACUCACAGUAAUGACACGCUUAUAUCACUUCGCCGUCAAGUUCUACGUCGCAUCAAAGCUAGCGGUGUUAAUGUGAAAUUAGACCUCUUCGUCAAUGGCGAAAUCCUUGAUCCAGCCGAAGAUCACAAACUUCUCUCUCAAAUUCCUCUGAGAAAUAAGGCUGUUUUGACUGCAAAACUAUGUCAAUCCAAUACAAAUAUGCCCAGUUCACCAGAUUCAAGCUCUGAUAGCUCAACCGGCUCUCCACAGCACCCUUAUGAUGGUCCAAAUUCUGAGGCAGAAAAUUGUUUGCCGGGCGUUCUUAUGUCACAACAACCAAGCUAUGUUCAGUUCUUCUUUCAAGUUGCUGAUCUUGGGUGUGCAAUCAAAAAUGCUCCUCUACGAGAUGGUGCACGUAUGUUGCUCAGUCUAGUCCCUCCAGAUACCCUCACAGUUCAACGUCUUACAGCUCUAUUUAAAAACUUUGCUGCCAACGGGGUUGAGGAAAGUGUCCCAAUAGGAGGUGACCUUCCUGGUCAAACUACAACAUCAUUACCCUCUCCACUGUUACCACCUCCAACUAUUGAACACAUGUUUUUCCACCAGUCUCCCUCUCAAGUAUUGUACAAUUUAGAAGUCAUGUAUGCAUUGCUCAUGCCUGCAUUAGAUACAGCUUCAGACAAAGGCUUGGAGUUUCUAUACAACUUUGUGAAAAGUGGAGUUGCAUCAGUUAUUUUAGAUAUGCUAACCAGACCGAAUUUUCUGCCCUCGGCAGACAUUGCAACCAAGAGGUCUGCCUACUUGACUUUGCUGAAAAUAUGUAAAUUACUUCUGACUGUGGUUGUUAUUGUUGUUGCCCACAUUUUGGAUUUCUCACAAGACAAGCUUCAAGCUUUUCUUGAGCCUCAAAAUUUAUCUAGUUUAAAUAAUAUCAUAUCCUCAUCCCAGCAUCGUAUCCCCGCUCAGAAUGACAAAGACAUUAAUGAUUCAGCGGAUAGGAACACUGAGGACAGUGAAACUGAUAAAGAUCGACAAUAUUUUGCUUUACUGAAACAAAUAAUGCAUAACAUACCAAAUACCACUGACACCAUGUUAUGGACUGUCGGUGUAAAGCUUGGGACAUCCAUUGCAAAGCAGAUGGGAUCAGGAAGUGAGGAACACAGUAGGGCUAGGCCCAUGUUUGUACAAGCGCUCACUGGUAAACUGCCUGACUUGAGCACAAUUCAAGCGGUGAUCAAUUUAGCCUGGGCUGCCAGCAGUGGCAGUAUUGAGAUGGCUAAUGCCCCACCUGACCAACUGCAUGCAUUACAUGAAAGAAACAUUGACAAAUCUCUUGAACAGGACGAUGUUUUAGUUUCCAAGGAAGCAUUGGAAGUCUUAUCAAUGUCUCUAGUGUUAAAUGUAAAAAUUUUGUAUAGACUAUCCAAAGAUGAAAUGUGGCAUAAGUUCAUUAUUGAUUCAGUUCUGCUCUGCAAAAACAGGUCUGUUAGGCUUUGCAUUGUUGAUCAAAUUCUCACCAUCCUUACCUGGUGUAAUGCAUCAUCGCAACCCUUGCAAGAUUUCAUUGCUCUUCUGUUUAGUGUGCUAAACACCACUGUUGUUGAAAAUGCAUCCAGAUCACAUGAGUAUUUUCAGCUUCUUUGCCGAUUAAUAAACUGUGCAUUUGUGUCCAACUGUCCCUUACCUGAAGCCGAAUCCCUUCUUAAUGAUGAAAUUGUGUGGUUGAAAAAAGUGAAGGCCAAUGUGAAAAUGACAGGAGAGACGCAAGUGGAUGAAGCAGUUUUAGAAGGCCAUUUGGGUAUCGCAAAGGAGUUGCUGUCUUUUAUGUCUCCUGAGAAAAAAUUUGAAUUAGGUUCAGAUGAGUCCAAGGGCAUUUUACUUAUUAAGGAGUUGGUUGAAGAUUUUGUAUUCCCGUCGUCACGCCUGAUGUUACAUCUUCAGAAAACAGGGCAGUUGUCUCAAGACCAGGCGAUUCCAGUUUGUACUACCCCAGGGACCCUCACAAUGGCAUUUGAUUUCCUUGCUGCUCUGUGUGUAGAAUGUGUGCACAACAUGCGCUUAUUAGUGGAAAUGCUCUCUGAAAUGUUUUAUUCAGAACGAGAUGAUCCUUUAGUUGAGUGGGACUAUCUGCCUCCUGUUGGUCCAAGACCUUCCAAAGGAUUUGUGGGGCUUAAGAAUGCUGGUGCAACAUGUUACAUGAAUUCAAUCCUGCAGCAGCUAUACAUGCUUGAAAAUAUCCGUGUUGGAAUUUUGGCUGCUGAUGGUGCAGCCACAGACUUAAAUGAGGACUUCAGUGGAGAGGAUCGCCUGGAAGUAGAAAUUAACAUAGAUCUGACCGACAGUGAAUCUAGUGAUGAUAGUAAAUCUGCUGAAGAAGCACGCAAAGAGUAUAACAUUGGUAUUCUCAAACAAGUUCAAGCUAUCUUUGGACACUUGGCUUAUAGUAAGCUGCAGUAUUACGUUCCAAAAGGCCUAUGGAAACAUUUUAAGUUACAAGGUGAGCCAGUUAACCUGCGAGAACAGCAAGAUGCAGUUGAAUUUUUCAAUAGCCUUGUGGAAUGUGUUGAUGAAGCCCUAAAAGCCCUGAAUUUGGAACAAAUUAUGAUAAAGACUCUUGGCGGGUCUUAUUCAGACCAAAAAAUAUGUAAAGGGUGUCCCCACAGGUAUUCUAGGGAAGAAUCAUUUAGUGUUCUAAGUGUGGAAAUUAGAAACCAUCCAACUCUGUUGGAUUCUUUAGAACAGUAUGUUAAAGGCGAGCUUCUGGAAGGUGGAGAUGCAUAUCACUGUGAUAAAUGUGACAAGAAGGUUGUCACAGUCAAAAGGCUGUGUGUGAAGAAACUUCCACCUAUCCUUGCCAUUCAACUGAAGAGGUUUGAAUAUGAUUAUGAGAGGGUUUGCCCUAUUAAAUUCAAUGACUAUUUUGAGUUUCCUCGAGAUUUAGACAUGGAACCCUACACAGUUAUGGGACUUGCAAAACAGGAGGGGGAAAUGAUUGACUGUGAUUAUGAUGAGAUUUCAAAGGAUGUUUGCACUAAGUAUCAGCUGACAGGAAUUGUGGUGCACAGUGGACAAGCCAGCGGGGGACACUAUUAUUCUUAUGUUUUGAAUAGACAGGCUGACGGAACUGCCAAGUGGUACAAAUUUGAUGAUGGUGAAGUCACUGAAUGCAAAAUGGAAGAUGAAGAAGAAAUGAAAACGCAAUGUUUUGGUGGCGAUUACAUGGGGGAGGUAUUUGAUCACAUGUUGAAACGCAUGAGCUUGAGACGUCAGAAGAGAUGGUGGAAUGCCUACAUGCUUUACUACACUAGGCUGGAUGUUGAAGAAAAUUCACUAAUGAAGAGUCUCAAUGAAUUGUCUCUUUCGGAUACCAAGCUUGCCAUAAUGAAAAUGCCACCGGCCAUUGAAAGGAGUGUGCGCAAACAGAAUAUCAAGUUUAUGCACAACAGAAAUCAGUUCUCACCAGAGUACUUCCACUUUGUCCGUAAACUAGUCUCUUCAAAUAUUCCUAAUAGGCAACAAAAUUCUGAUAAACCUAAUUUAGAUGCUGAGCCCCUCUCUAUGCUGAGUGUCCAGUUGGCUGCUCGUUUCUUGUUUCACACCGGAUUCCACACAAAGAAAACCCUGAGAGGUGCAGCCAUGGAUUGGUUUGAUGUCUUGUGCCAUCAUUUAAGGGCUUUCAAGAGUGUUCGUUCGUGGUUUGCUACCAACAUUCUGUUCCAGCACCCCCAUAGGUUUUGUGAGUACUUGUUAGCCUGUCCCAGUGCUGAAGUAAGGUCAGCAUUCAUGAAGAUAAUAGUCUUCCUAGCACACUUUUCUCUGCAAGAUGGACCUUGCCGACCACCUAAUCUGAAUGCUCCAGUUGUUCUGUACAAACCGAACACCACACUGAGCGACCAUCUCCUUCAUGCCGUGCUGCAUCUGUUGGACAAGGAGGUUUCAGAACAUGGGCGUAACUUGACCCACUAUUUUUCCCUAUUUCAAACCUAUGCUUCACUUGGCAUCCAAGAGCGAACUCAGCUUCUCAAUCUGGAUGUGCCAGUUAAAUUUAUGAGAGUUGCAUUAGAUGAGGGGCCUGGACCAAAUAUCAAGUACCAGUGUCCAGAACUCACAAAAUUACAUCAAGUUGUCUCUCAACUAAUUCGCUGUUGUGAUGUUAGCAGUAAAUGUAAUUCUUCACAUUCUGGUCAAGCACUUCUUCCCAACCCCUAUGCAGAGCCUUCAAGUCAAGAUUACAUAAUGCCCAUUCGCCCUGCAGAGGCAGAGUAUCUCUUCAGCCGCAAGCCAUAUGUAAAGAAGCUCAUAGAAGAUGCCAAUCUAUCCGAGGACACUGUCAAACUUUUACACUUCUGCUGCUGGGAAAAUCCUCAGUUCUCAAGAACUGUUCUCAGUGAACUGUUAUGGCAGAUAGCUUCCGCAUACUGUCAUGAACUUCAUCAUCAUAUGCAAUUACUGUUAAAUAUGAUGCUAAUGGAGGACUCCUGGCAAAUUCAGCGUAUCAAUAAUGCACUUAAAGGUAUACCUGAAGAGCAGGAUGGUCUCUUUACCACAAUACAGCGUAACAAGUCUCAGUAUCAGAAACGAUCAUAUCAGUGCAUCAAGUGCCUUGUUGUCCUCUUCUCAAAGUGUGAAGUUGCAAUGAAUGAACUAAAGAAGAGUUCAGAACUCAGACGAAAGUGGGAUCUCUCUGUAGCGUGGCUGCAAGAUGAAUUGAAUCGGCGCCCUUAUGCUCCUAGUACUCAGUACAGCUAUAAAAACUGGUCUCCUCCCACACAUUCUAAUGAAUCAACAAAUGGUUUUUUCUUGGAGCGUUCUAAUAGUGCUCGAAUGACAUUAGACCGUGCUGUUGCAAUUUGCCCUGCAGAGGAUGUUGUGCCGGAAGACUUAGUGGAAGAUGAUGAAUCCUCUUCUCAGCAAUUAAGCAAAGCUCAGUUACCAGUCAAAUCAUGGAGGAAAACUCGACCAUGUUAUUUUGAAGAUGUAUCCAAUUACUCUUAUGACUACAAUCCUGGCCGAUUUGACUUUUCACCUGUGCGAGAUGUUGCCCCUCGCUCUGAUGCCUCACCAGAUGUUGCUCCCAUUUUUGAAGUUGCACUUGUCUCUGAGGUUGGCCAAGGCGGCACACAGGUGACUGAUGCUGCUCCAUCAGGUGCACCAGAUGUCACCUCAGCACCUAAUGUAUCCCCUGCCUCAAGUGUUGCAUCUGACAUACCACCAGACAUACCUUCAGAUGUAACUUUGGGUCUGGACAGCAAUGCACCUGAUGCAUCUUUGUCCUCUGACGCAGCACCUGAAUCGACAGACCUGACAACAGAAUCUGAUAAUUCUACUGUCAUUGAUGUUGAUCAGUCUGUACCAGCUACAAGUAUCACAACUCCAAAAGGAUUUAGCCCUGCUACCAAAGCACCAUCGUCCAUUUUUUUGAAGUCCGAGCAAGAAGAAGCUGAUCCUGAUGCUGUGCUCCAGUGGCAGUGGAGAGUCUUAACCAGCAAUUCGACUGCACCCACUAAGAACAGUGAACAGUCUCCACCCCCCAAAAUAAUCAAAGAUUGAUGAAUCAUGAUGGAGAAGAUCCUGUGUUACAAACGGUGCUUUCGGCUCAACUGACUGAACCUUGUGUUUCAACUUGUGUUUCAAUUGUUAAGAUAGUCCACUACCUACAUGUGUGAUAUGUUUUUUCUAAGGUUGACACUUUGUCCUCUUGGCCAAAAAAAAAAGUCAGUUUUUACAUAAUUUUUUUCAUUUGAUACAUAUGAUGCCAUAAUUCAAACGUAUGACGACUGUGCACUUCAAAUUAGGAUAUGAAAUUCAGUGAUGCUUGGACUGAUUGAGACUUGUAAUUAAAAUAACUUAAGUGUUCAACAUAUAUUUGCCAUUUAUGGCUAAAGACUCAACCUACUGGUUGUUGCCUGUGGCUUUUGUUGACAUGGCUCUGUUAAAUCAUUUACAUCUUGUUUGGUUGGUUUAAUAUAUGUUUAUGCUGAAGUUGCAAAGUUAUUUGUUGCUCAUGCUGUGAGCAGCCUUCCGUGGAAGUUUUUUCGUCAGAUUUGUUUUUCCUUUUUUUUGUACAUUGCAUUUGGGCUGUUGUUUUAAUGAAUCCAAUGGCUUUGCUCAUUUUCCUUUUAUAAUUUUAUUAUUAGCAUUUGUGAUUGCAAAUACGUGCUGUGUUAAUUUCUAUCAUCUGAUUUGUAUGUAGGAUGUGAUUGCACUGAGAGCAGUCAAUGGCUGCUUGAUUAGGAACAGACAAAACCAAUUUUUAUUAAAAUUCUUAAUUUGCUGUAUCUUUGUACAGAAAAAAAUUGUACCAAAAUUAUUUUUUGCCAAAUUUUCAUAACUUUGGGCUACAAUUAAUUUAUCUCAUGUUAAGGGUUUUUAAUGUAAAGAAUAAAUUGAAGUUGUAAUUUUGCUCUCAGUUUUGCCAUGAUGUUGUGAAGAGGAACUUGGUUAUGAAGAGGAACCUAGUCUUGAAAGUUAAUACUGAGGUGAAAUAAUUUUUUUUCGUACGAAAAAAAUGGUCUGCAUUUUGCAGCAUUGUCACACCAAUAUUUAUUGACUUGAUUAUACAGAUAUUUAUUCAUUGUUUUAAGGUGUAAGUAUGCAAAUAAAAAAACAACAUUUGUAAACAUGUAAUCCUUGUCAAUGAAUUGUGCAAACCGUUGUUCUUUUUGAGGAGGAAACAAAGCACUUGUCUAUUUAUGA